AUGACUAAAAGUCAAGCUCCGGCACCCCAGUGUAAUUCUGCCAAGAAAAAGAAAUCCAAACCCAGUGAAGAGGAUUUUUCAUCAUGUGUACAAAAUGAGAAAACAGAUGAGAUGAAAGGCAAAACCAAAAAGAAGAGAAAGACUGAUGAAGAGGUGUUUGAUAUUUCAGAGGAUAAUACCAAUGGUGUUCGAACCCGCGAUAAGGCGGUGCUUAUGCUCUAUAUAAGUGCGGAUAGAACGCCAUUUCGCUUACCUUAUUUCUCCUUCAGCGUGAUCCUUCUCGCUGCUCUGAAGAAGAAGCCUUUCCUGCUCGCCGUCGAUCUAAGCCCUGCAGUGGAAUCCAGGUGCAGCGUCUUCCCUGCCGCUUUCCGGCUGAGAACCGAAGAUAAGCCUUUGCUUGCCGUGGUACCAGAGAUGAUCACAACUUUACCCACAGCUACAGUGAGAGUAACACCAAACAGUCCUGUGUUCAUUGGAGAGACAGUCAAUCUGACGUGUGAGAUAGAGGAUCAGUACAGAUCAUUAAACUGGCGAUAUCUGUGGUAUAAAAACACAACUGCAGUGUUAAACUCUGAGCGUUACACUGUAAACAGAGACUUUCUCACUAUCACCCAAGUUACUGAAUCUGAUCAGGAUGAGUUCAGCUGUAGUGCAGAGAUACACGGACGACCACAGACUUCACUAUCAAGCUCUGCUGUUCAUCUCACUGUUAAAGAAAGACCAACACCUGAAGUGUCUGUUUGGCCUCCUGGACAUUUAUAUGGAGGAGAAACUGUCAAUCUUACAUGUGUCAUUAAUAGAGGAGGAGUCAGCAGCUGGAAGUAUAGCUGGUAUAAAGAUGAUUCAGACAUUCAGCAUUAUGAACAGAAUUACACAAUCAUAUCUUUUAAUGAGUCUGACGCAGGUAAAUACACCUGUAGAGGAAAUGACACCAGUGGAUCACGAUACUCACACAUCAGUAAUGCAGUUACACUGACAGUAUCAGGAUCUUCUGGUCUUAUAGUUGGAGUGGUUGUCGGACUGAGCAUCUUGUUUUUGAUCAUUUUCUUGGUUUUGCUGUGGUGGUACAAAAACAAAAAAGGUAAAGUCUCUCAGUCUCCGUCAGCUGCCAGUCCACAUCAGAUCAUCGGUCAGACAUCAAAUCAGAUACAAAGUGAAGAUGGAUACACUCCACUGCAGUCUGGAGAUGCUAAUAUUUAUGACUCUGUUGACGCAACGGACAAUAAAGACGCAAGCUCAGCAGUGACUCAGGCCGGCCCCAGUGAUGCCAUGUAUUCACAGGUCAACUUCAAGAAAAAGAAACUCAAGAGCAAAGACAAUGAAAGUGAAUCAGCUGAUCUCACUUAUGCUGAUAUUGAAUUGAAACCUAAGAAAAAAAUCAAGAAAAAGAAAGAGAAGAAAGGGAGUAGCAGUGAAGGUGGUGACACUGUUUACUCUAAAGUGAAGAUAGGAGAUAAAGAUGUUGCUUCUGGAUCUGUUGAUGUGACUUAUGCUCAGAUAAAAUAAAGGCCCAGAUGAAAAAAGACGGCAAUACGCUAACAAUACUUAAUAUUAUUAAUUCAAACCUUCAUGUGCUUCAGAGUAAAUGCUUGCAAAUCUUUGAUUCUCUAAUAGGAUUUUUUUCUAUUAAUGUUUCAUUUGUUCAUGUAUACCUGAUGUUUAAUUGUUCUAGAGGUGAUACAAGCUAGUUAGUUACUGUACUGAAGUGUUAUAUAAUCAUUUUGGCCUUUGCCAGUUACAGUAUCAAUCACCUAAACCUGGAGAGGGAAAACAUGUUUGAUCUGUAUAGUUUAAAGAUAAACAUUACUUUAAAUAUGUUAAGUUGCUCAUUUAUAUUUUGUUACUGUUGUAGGAGUAAUGUAAUACUUUAGUUUAGACAGAGAUGUUGAUGUAAGAUAUAGUAGGCUAAAUAUCAUGGUCAGUGUGGUAUUAGCAAGCCAUUACAUCUUCAUUGCUAUAAUAAGAAUGGCAAAGGUUUUGAAUGAUGUGUUUGUAGAAUUCAUAUGAGAUAU